AUGUACAACAACGCUGGAAAAUACGUCGGAAGCCACGGCCCAAGCAGCUCCUCCGCCGCCGCCGCCGCAGGUGGCGCAUCCAUUCCUUACCACCUGCUCCACCACCAAAUCAUGAUCCCUUUCUCUUCUGGCGGCGGCGUAGCUGGCGACGAUGAUUUCUCGAGGAGGGACGAGAGGUUCCCCCAAUGGGGCAAUCAGGAAACGAGGGAUUUGAUUGAAAUUAGGGCUCAGUUUGAGGUGGAGUUAGCGGCGGAGGAAAGGGACAAGAAUUUGUGGGAAGCUGUGGCUAAUGGGAUGAGGGUUAAGGGUUAUUGGAGGACACCUGACCAGUGCAAGGCAAAAUGGAAAGAUCUUGUUAGCAGAUAUAAGGAGCACGAAGCGUCGGCUGCAGAUAAUAAUAUUCGGCACUGCCCGUUCUUCGACGAGCUCCACACAAUCUUCACAUCAAGGUCCAAUCUUACUCAGCCACCUUUCACAAAUUCAAGCAAUAACCCUGCGAACGCUCGUGAAAACCAAUCCCUUGAAGAAUUCUCGCAAGAACCGGACAACGAACAAGAAACCGAACCCGAACAUUCCCCCAAAACAAGAAUACCUCCGAAACGAAAACCCAUUAGGGAGAAGAGACAAAAAACAGCAGAGAACGAAAAUCACCCAAAACCAUUUCACAGAAACACGAACAGCAAUGAAAACGCUCUCCACAGCUUUCACGAGAUGAUGAGGACUUUCAUAGUGAGCCAGCAGAGGAUGGACAUGCAGUGGAUGGAGUCCAUGGAAAAAAACGCCAAGGAAAGAGAGCUUUUGGAGGACGAGUGGCGAAAAAAGAUGGAAGGUCUAGAGAGAGAGAGGCUGAUGAUGGAGAGUACCUUUAGAGAGAGAGAGGAACAGCGGCGGUUGAAGGAGGAGAGUCGAGCAGAGAAAAGGGACGAGCUUUUUACGAUGCUUCUGAACAAGCUCGUUCGAGAGAAUAAUUUGUGA